AUGAUAAAGGAACUUAAAUUGCUCAUCGAAUCAUUCGAAAUUCCUGAUAGUAAGGAACCAAUUAGAUAUGAUGAAUUUCGCAUACCUGGCAAUAAUAUUAAUUAUUUCUUCGAUGCUUUCAAAUUUGGUUACGAUCUUGUGACUCUCAAUAACAAAAGUGAUGGAUCAAUUAUAUUGUCAUAUCCUCAAGGAUCAAUUUUUGGACAUCAUAUCUCCUUAGCGUCACAUUUCUUUGGUGUUAAAGUGACUGAAAAUUUCAUGGAAAAGGGAUUACCAACAGCAAUGGAAUCUGCCAAAACAAUCGCAUUAUUUUUUAUGGUAAAAGCUCAUGGAUUUUCGCAAAAAUAUCGUUUACGUCAAUGGCAACUCGCAUUGCAUCAAUUAAGCGAAAACGAGAAUUACUCAGAUUUAUUUGUCUUUCACAUCUAUGGUGAUCAGGUGAGUAGCAAUUGUCGACUAUCAAUUGUGACAAAGAUUGAGGGUUAUUUCUAUCCUCGUUGA